AUGUUGCCCGCUGUUUUUCGCCUCUUUUCACUCAUCUCGACAACAAUCUAUGCGACGAUAUCAGAGCCGGUCACUUCCACACCGGAUUUAUGUAUCGACAAAUCGCCCUAUUGCAAUCUAAACGAUUGUGCGGUGAGACCCGGGUAUUCCCUGCAAUUUUGUCGAAGAACUUGUGGCCAAUGUGGCGAAUUCUGCCAAGAAUCAAUAUAUGUUUCUUGUAAAGAAGAGCGAAAAGAUGAGUGUGCGCAAAUGUUGAAAGAUUACUGUCCGAUGCUUUGUGGCUUGUGCACUCUUGGGAAUCAGACGACAAAGAAAAUUUCUAAAAUUUCGAAACAGAGUAAACCUAUGAAGUACAAGAUUUUCGAUAAAGGACUUUCGACACCAUUGCAAUCAACUACUUCUACAAUAAAAAUUGAUCAAACGGGUGUUGAUGAGAGUACAAAAAGAUCUCACAAACAACUCUCGUAUUCCCUGUCUCGAAAAAGAAAAAAGAAAACGAAGAAAACCUCAAAGAAACCGAUCAGCACACCAAUUCUACCGUCAGAGACAACCACUAGAUUCACCAGUCCUCCCAUCUCCACCCAAACAUCACCAUUGAAUUUUGCUCGUCCUGAGCGGAAACUUCUCGGCGUCACCAGCACUGCUAUUACUCAACCAACGUCGGAUGAUCCAAUAUGGGAAGAACAGGAAACGAGCACAUUGAACAAUCAAGAAGAGAUGGCUUGGGUUCAUCCGACUAGAGUCUUCCCACAAAUUCAAGCUGAGAUCGAUCAAAACGAGGAGGCGAUCUCGGAUUGGGCGGCUGGCGAGUUGAUGAGUGGCCCAACUCCGCACAUUGUCCCGUUCAAUCCAUACUUUGUACCGAUUAACGCAAAACUGGGCUUUGGUGACACGUCUCAAUGGAGCAAUGGGUUGUUCAGUGAUGAUGGAGAGAAGGAGGAACAUCUCCCUCAACCAAUCCCUUUAUCUACUUAUCGCCCACUCCAACCACAGCCGAUCAUUUUGGAGAGUACACCGCCAAAUUGGACGCUUUUCCCAAUGCCAAAGAAGAUCGCAGCGAGAAAGCAAAAGGCUUUGGUGAAAAUUCCAAAGCCACGACCCUUAACAAUCAACGCGGUUGAUAUGAAUUUCUUGGGAAGUGAAGAGGAAGAGAUUACGGAACCAACAAUGGUCCCAACGUUUACGCCAAGCUUGAACCAAGGUCCAGAGUGGAGAUUCUCCGGUGUCGUCCCUCCAUAUCAUUUCCCGGAACAAGAGAAUUAUCUAGCAAAUCCGCAAGAUGAUGCGAACACGGCUACUCAAAUCGACGGUCCCGUAAAUCCGAUGUUGAGGAAGAGAAUCGUUUCACAGCCAACCGAAGACGAAAGCAAUUACUAUCUUUAUCCAAGUCGAUCAGUCCAUCGAAAAUACACAAGUUCUCCCUUUGUUCAUGUGACCGAAUCGCCAAGUGUUUCCAGUAUCGAAGUGAACCCGAUGAAAUUGACGGAUUUGAUUACGUUGCUGGGAUGUCGAGAUCGAGAUCCGACUACUUGCUCUCAGAUCUCGGAAGAUACAUGUCAUUCAAGACCUGGGUAUUAUUUAAAGCUAUGCCCAGUGAAGUGUCGGAAUUGCAAUGGACUCUUGUGCUAUGAUUCAAUAAAAAUCGAUUGCGCUGAAGUGAAAAAGCGGGGCGGAUGUAAACUGCCACUGGCUUCUGAAUACUGUCCGAGAAGCUGCAACCUUUGUCCUCAUACACCAGCAUUCAUGGAAGGCCUUUCUCCAUGCAAGGACGAAUUGGAUACGUGUGAACCACUGGCAACUACUGGUGUCUGUGAUCAUCCUUACAGCCAAUCUGCCUUGAGGAUCUAUUGCGCGAAAAGUUUUCUGAUGGAAAAUCAACCGCCCGGUCAAGAGAAAUGCUUCGUAUCGAGGGAUUACACGAAGGGACUCGCGGUUCAAUUUGAAACACAAAUGCCCGAAAUGUUGCAAGGAAGAAUACGAGACGACGAUUGGUUGAGAACAAUCAGAGGGAUCAAUCAAAAAUUUACGGAAGCAGAAAAGGUUUGCACCGAUUCGGUUCUCGAAACGAUUCUUGGGUGUUGCACGUGCUACAUCAAUCGCUUAAUCGCAAAAACGCGAUACGAGAAGAAGCUGAAAGAGAUUGAUGACCAGAUCAAUCGAGAGAACGAUCACAUCUACAUGCCGUCCGGUGUCCACAUUUUGAAUCCGAUGUAUCGAGGGCUAAGAGUGAUUGAGAUCACGGUCGAGCCUUUGGACAAAGAACGA